AUGCCCGUGAGGCCCGGUCAGCGAGAUGGGAUCCAACACGACCAUCUGGCCAACAUUCCGGAAGCAAACCCGUACCAGCAGAGAAGAUGGGUCAAGAGAUAUCGGACGGAGGUUGCUGCAUCCCUGAGCUCCAUCCUGUCCACGUUCGCCGCUUUUCCAUUGGACUCCGUGAAGACACGAAUGCAGACGUACAAAUAUGACAGCUUUACGGAUUGCAUUCGGCAUACCUACAAGACAGAGAAGUGGCGGGGUUUCUUUCGAGGGGUUACGGCACCUAUGGCAAGCGUUACUCUGGUCCGCACGAUUUCAUUCUCUGUAUACCAAAGAUCCAAGUACACCUACGCCGCCUGGUUCAAGCGCAAUUUCGGCGUAGACCCUCUUGUCCAUGUUAACACUCCUGGGACCUAUCCGACUUUCUCUACAGUUGCAUGCUUUGGAGCUGCAGGAGCUACAGCUGGAUCUUUCAUCACACUGGUAGCAUGUCCUUUUGAAUUGACCAAGCUUAGCGCUCAAGUAUCAGUUCUCAUGGCAGAUCGAAAUCGCACGAGCGUUUCCGAGCCAGCCACCGGAAGGACUAUUGCCGUUGCUUCAAGCUACCAGAACAAGGGCACAUUCAAAACUGCAAAGAACAUUGUGAAGCAUCGUGGAUUCAUGGGGCUAUACUCUGGCUUCAAUCUGCAUCUGCUCCGAGAUACGUUAGGUACUGCGAUCUAUUUCAUGACCUAUGAAAGUAGUAAGCAGAUCCUUACCACAUACCGCCGCGAUAAAUCUCCCACAAAUCCAUUCGCCGUAGUGGUUGCUGGUGGGCUAUGUGGAGUGGCAAGUUGGGCUUUGAUUUAUCCGAUCGACUCCGCGAAAUCGAUCUAUCAACGAAAUUGUCUUACGCAUUGCAAGGGCGAAAGGGUUGAGAAGGCGCCGAAGAUCCAAUUCUUCAACAAGAGGAUGUACCGCGGCUUAGGAGUCUCGAUGGGUCGAUCAUGUGUUGUGAACUCGAUCUUUUUUUCGGCUUUCGAAUUCAUCAAGAAGCAGAUAAAUGCUCUUGAAGACUAG